AUGGCUGAGCCUGUAGUCUCCAUUACACUUGAAACCAUUCGUAAUCUACUUGUUGAAGAAGUUAAAUUCUACUGUGGAGUGAGAUCCCAAGUCGAGCAAAUCCAGCAACAGCUUCAACUGAUGAGGUCUUUCUUGAAAGAUGCAGAUGCAAAUCAAGAUGCAGAUGAACGUCUCAGCAAUUGGGUUGCAGAAGUUCGAGAAGCAGCUUAUGAUAUAGAGGAUAAUAUCCUUGUAUUUGUUGCUGCCAAAAUUGCAGCCGGAAGGUGCAGAAAUUCGAGAAACUUGUUCAAAAAAAUAGGUUGUUUUUUAAGAGAAGUUAUUACAACUUUCAAGGUGGGUCAUCAGAUUUCAGAUAUUAAGAACAAGAUAACUAGUCUCACUAUGAGUUUACAGACUUUUGGAAUAAAACCCAUAAAUAAUCAAGGAGAAAAUCCGGGUUUUGGUGAUGCAAGAACUCGGGAUCUGACGCGGUCUUAUUCCCAUGUUGUUGAGGAAGAUUUUGUGGGAUUACAGGGAGAUGUUGAAAUGCUGGUUGCACAUUUGAUUGACGAACAAAAGGAUAGGGUUAUUUCAAUUUAUGGAAUGGGGGGUUUGGGGAAGACAACAAUUGCUAGAAAAGUGUAUAGCAAUAGAGAUGUAAGGCGUCAUUUCGAUGGAUUUGCUUGGACUUGUGUAUCCCGGCAAUGGGACAAAAAGGAUAUUUUACAAGGGAUUUUGAUAAAAUUGAUUCCUGAGAAAAGGGAUGAGAUUUUGGAUAUGAGGGAUGAGGAGUUGGUUAAGGGAUUGCAUGAUGUGCAGCUGAAGAAGAGGUGUCUGGUUGUUCUUGAUGAUAUUUGGUCGAUUCAAGCUUGGGAUAGCCUUAAACCAGCUUUUCCGAAUACGAGGAAUGGUGCAGGAAGCAAAAUAUUGCUCACAACUCGGAAUAGAGAAGUUGCUUCUCAUGUGUAUCCGAGUGGAUUUCGUUAUGAACCCAGGUGUUUAAGCAUCGAGGAGAGUUUGGAAUUGCUGAGGAAGAAGGCAUUUCCCAGAAGACAAGAUAUUCCCGAAUAUGCGAUUGAACCGGAGAUGGAGACAUUAGGAAAGGAGAUGGUUGCACGGUGUUGUGGUUUGCCAUUAGCCAUUUUGGUGCUUGGUGGACUUCUUGUAACAAAACACAGCGUUAGAGAUUGGCAAACGGUACACGAGAACAUCAAUUGGUAUUUGACUCGGGGCAGAGGUCAUGGACAACAGCAAGCAGUAAAUGAUGUUUUUGCAUUCAGUUAUCAUGACCUUCCGUAUCAGUUCAAGCAGUGCUUUCUUUCUCUGGCCAAUUUUCCCGAGGAUUUUGAGAUAGAAGCCGAGAAAUUGUACCAAUUCUGGCUAGCCGAAGGCAUCAUAUCACAGGAAGAACGAGCUGAAGAAGAAACAAUGAUGGAUGUAGCCGAACGCUACUUGGCUGAACUGGCACAAAGGUGCAUGGUCCAAGUCAACGUAAAAGAAACAGCUGGUGGUUUCAAAAACUGUCGUCUUCACGAUCUUAUGAGGGAUCUUUGUUUAUCUAAAGCUAAAGACGAAAACUUCACCAAAGCCGUUGAUUUUAGACGUGAUAAGAGACCGAUGGAUUCAUUAUCAUUGAGCUGUAGAAUUCGAAGAAUUUCCAUUUAUUUGGAUUCCAAUGUUACGCAGGAUGCUGUUACUUGUAGUGAAAAUCGUCACAUCAGGUCGGCUUUCUUUUACGCUAAUGAUUGUAAGGAAGAUGUUUUGCAACAAAUGAGAUUCCAUCUCAGUAGCUUCAAAUUGCUCAGAGUUUUAUUUCUUCAAGGAUUUCAAUCUGCCGAUGAGUUGCCUAAAUCAAUUGGAGGCUUGAUCCACCUGAAGUGCCUGAGUUUGAGCUAUUCUCAAUUCAAGAAGUUGCCAGCAUCAUUAAGUAAAUUGGUGUUCUUGCAAACACUCGAUUUGGAAGUAGAUAAUUCAUUGCAAAUCCCAAAUAUCAUCUGGAAAAUGGAAAGAUUACGACAUCUAUAUCUUCCUAAAAGCUUUCACACUGAAGAUGGUUCGAAAUUAAGGCUGGACGGGUUAAGUGAGCUAGAGACUUUAGUGAACUUCAAUACAAGCUUAUGCGAUGUGAAAGAUCUCGACACACUGACUAAUCUUCGGAAACUAAGAGCGUCAAUAAAGGAUAAACUUGAUGACCUGCCAAACAUCCUCAAAUACAUAAGCUUCACGCAGAAUCAUCUUAGAAGGUCGUCCCUUUACAUUUCUUGUCCACAGUUCUGCUCAGAUGCCGAGUUAAGUCUUUUGAGGACAUUACUUGGGUGUCAUCGUCUUUACAAGUUAUCCAUUGAGGGGCGUAUUGGUAAGUUACCGGAAUUUUACCACUUCUCAUCAAGCAUCGCUAACAUAGCCUUCAAGGCAUCUUUGCUCGAGGAAGAUCCCAUGGCAACACUAGAAAAGCUACCAAAAUUAAGUAGCUUAACAUUAUACAACUCGACUUUUGUGGGAGAAGAAAUGGCAUGCUCGGUUAAGGGGUUCCCGAGACUUUUGUAUCUGAAACUGUGGGGUUUGUCGAACUUGAAGAGUUGGAGGAUUGAUGCAGGAGCCAUGCCAAAACUCUCUCGUCUAGUAGUUGCUCGUUGUGAAAAUUUGGAAAUGCUCCCUGAUGGGCUUAAAUUCAUUACUACACUGCAAAAACUGAAUAUUCGGUGGAUGUCCGACGAUUUUAAGGAUCGACUUAGAGCAGUUGAUGGUGAUGAAGGUGACGAUCUUUACAAAGUUCGACAUGUACCUGAUAUCAAACUUGAUUGA